CGUCAAUCGCCAUAUUGUUUUAAUACAUUGUAAAAGCCUUAAACUAUUUUUAUUUCAAUGGUGAUUUAGUUGAUUAUUUAAAGUUAUUUCAAUACAUAUUUAUUGUAAUGGAUUCACUAGUCGGUUACGGUAGCGAUGAUGACAUUGAAACUGAGCGCUAUGGACACCAGGCAUCGGUGGGGAGCCAUCGCAGAAGAGAGGAUGACACUAACUAUGAUCAAGUCAACAUGGAUCUAAGUGAGGAUUCCCAAGGAGAAGAGUCGGAGCCAGAAUUGCCGCAGGCUGAGACACGGGUUUUACGACAGACAUCUGGAGAGGACCAAUCAAGCUCUACUGACAGUCGAGACGCAGAGCGCCCACGGGAAUAUGGCAAAGAUCGUGACCGUGACCGCCAUCGCGACCGUGAUCGUGAGGAAAGGCGAGACAAGCGACGCGAAUCACCGCGGAGGGAUCGGGAACGCUCUGAAAGAGAUCGUCGCUCGCCACGCAGAGAUGAUAAAUACAGAUCGGAUCGUAGUGAAAGACCACGUCGAGGAUUACUUGGCGACAGACCAGAUGAUAGACACCCGUCUAGUGAUAGCAAGAUGCCAGCAUUAAUGGAUCUUAAACCAUUUGGAAGUGACGGGCCGCCCAGGAUAAAAUCACAAGACGCUCGUGACGCUGUGUCUCCCAGGUUUGUCGAUCGUCGGGAACGUGAUCAUGAUCGAGAACGUGACCGUGGACGCGACCGUGACUCUGACCGUGACCGCGAACGAGAACGCGAUUACGAUGGCAGACACAACAGACGUUCUGAAGAUAGACGGUCAUCUGGACGCGAUAGAGGCAGCGAGAGGUCUCGAUCACGUGGUCACGCCUACCCUCCACCACACACGUCAAAUGAACGAAGAUCACCAUCAUCUGGUGACUACAGACCGUCUUCAUACAAAGUCAAUAAGAAGCUCGAGGUUAUGGAAAAAAUGGGAUUACAAAUCAAAACGCCAGAUGGUUCUAUGACAACAGCGCAGCAGUUACGCGCUGCUGCUGGUGAUAAUCCAGGUCUUCCGGGGUAUUGCAAUCCUGGCUCUAAUCCUGCCAGCAGGAUAUUGGACCAGGUACAAAAACGUAAACUUCUCUGGUCAAACAAGACAAAAUCUGCAGAAGAAGAAGCUGCUAAAUGGAGUGGGGCGCGAUUCUCGCAGGACAACGACGGAAAACAAGUGUCCAAGUUUAUGAGGCUUAUGGGAAUUAAGGAUCCUAAUGCAGUCAAAGGCGAAGUUCCAGAAGAUGCAGACCCUAACAAGAAGCAAGAAGAAUUGUUUGAAGCUAUGCAAGCACAAUAUGAAGUGGCUCGAGCAACUACACACACUAUGAGAGGAGUGGGUUUAGGUUUUCAACGUGGACAGUAUUGACAAGUGUAAAUUCAAGUCAAAUUUCAAUCACAUAAAUCUAUAAAAUCUUAUUUUUAAGACACUAGUAGUAGUUUUAUCUAUACUAGAAUUACAAUAGUCUUUUUAUGUACAUACCUGACUGCUAUUUGUAUUAAAGACAAAUUUUCAAUAAUUAUGAAAGAUGAAGAAUUUUUAGAUUAAAUGGUCAAUUAAUUUUUUAUGUUUCGUAAUUUAAUUUUGUUAGUGUAUUGUUAUUCCUAUUCAUUAUUUUUAAAAAUUACACUGUCCAUAUGUAAUUCUUUAAUAAUAAGGAAGGUGACAUCCGACCCAUGCUGCAUUUUUAUGAGCUCACUGUAAUGUCUCCAUCACGGUUAAUAGCGUUUGCGAGGUUUCCUGAGAUGUACAGAAAGUAUUUUACGUCUUAAUCUAGUUUUAUACAGAGUCAAACAUUGUGACUUCUGUAUAUAAGAUUUUUGAAUAAGGGCGUAAGUCAAAAUGCUCUAUAUAAACCUUAUGGUUUUUUAUUCUUUAAAAAUUUAAAGCUUUGUAUUUUUCCAUGUAAAGAGAUGGUAUGUGUGAUAUAGCUUAAGUUAUGUAAAAAGAUAUAACUGCAAUGUUAUCUUAAACUUAAGUAUAAGUUAGUGUUAUAUUUCAUAAUAUGUAAUCUUUACAAUUAUUUUUGUGUUUCAAUAAAGUUAUAAUUUACCA